AUGAGGAGCAGACCCAGGUGCUUUUUCUGGGGUCUCGGAUUUCUUCUUUUCUGCCGCAAAUCAGCCUUCAGCGGUGAUCAUUUGACUUGCGACUGUUUUCCUCUUGAUGAUUUUGAAGAUGUAUAUAGCGGGAGUGGCAGCGACCCUGACGUAGACUGUGGCCCCAAUGCGGUUCCCUGUAACAUCUCUCACUGCAUCUGUGAAGACGGGUUCAGGUCCAUCUCUGGAAAAGAGCCUUUCCUUGGUACCAGUGAGUCCAGCUGUGAGGAAAUCCCCCUUCACUGCCGAUCAGAUUUCAUGAGAGAAAAUGACUACGUGAAGAUGUGUUUGAAUGGAUCACAGCAGAUUGACUUGGAUAAUAGGAAAAACAGCUCGUUCUGUUCGCUGGUCAAUUCCACCCUCAGCCUCCUGACACCUGCCUGUGAGAACAUCAGCUUGACCACUUCCCUAGAGGAGACAGCGCCAUCCUUCGAACACGUCCUUGCUGACAGCUCCCUCUGGAGCGUCGAAAGCAAGGAGGAAGUUGCUUCUGCUGCGACGCUGUUUCUGCAGAGUUUGGGGUCGGCCGCAGUGACAGCUGCCCUCGCCUCUCCGGAGAACCAAACCCAGACUGUGACCACCAAGCUAAUGGCGAUUCAGACGAAGCUCACCGAUGAGAACUGUAGUCUGCAGAGCGAGGUACUUGGGUUCCAUGCUCACGAAGACAGAAUGGAUAUUCACUGCACUGCCAUCACUGACGCUGACAUGGAAGGUUCUGCUGCUGUCGCUUUUAUCUCCUACGUGGGGCUGGAGUCCCUACUGGGAGGGAGAUUUUUGCAGGAUGAAAAUCCAGGGAGCGAGGCAAGACCAGAACAGGUUCAUGUGAACUCCAGAGUGGUGAGCGCCUCCACCAGCACCUGGAAGAAGAAGCUUUCCAGUCCCAUCAACCUCACCUUCCAGCACCUCAAGGACAAGACUCUGCUGGAUAGGGCCAUCUGCGUCCACUGGAACUCUACAGGCCAGGAUGGUGGCUGGUCCCCCCAGGGCUGCCAGCACCUUCACUCCAAUGUCACUCACACACGGUGCAGCUGUCGCUACCUGGCCAGCUUUGCGGUGCUGAUGGCGCCUGGUAUCAUUCAGGUGGAUUUUGCCCUGUUCGUUAUCAGCCAAACCGGGCUCAUCAUCUCCCUGAUCUGUCUUGUCCUGGCUAUCGUCACCUUCCUCUUCUGCCACCCCAUCCGUAACACCAGCAGCACCUUCCUCCACCUGCAGCUCAGCAUAUGCCUCUUCCUGGCCGAUCUCCUCUUCAUAGUGGGAAUAGACAAGACUUACAACAAGCUCAUGUGUUCCAUCACCGCCGGCUUGCUGCAUUACCUCUUCCUGGCUUGCUUUGCCUGGAUGUUUCUGGAAGCGGUGAGUCUGUACCUCAUCGUCAGGAAUCUGAAGGUGAAAAAUUAUGCAGGCACGGGCAGAUGCACAAGAAAAUGCAUGUACGCCUUUGGCUACGGACUCCCAGCAGUGAUUGUGAUCACGUCUGCAGCCAGCGCGCCCAGCAGCUAUGGAACUCCUUAUCACUGCUGGCUCAAUCCUGAUAACGGUUUUAGAUGGAAUUUCCUUGGGCCUGUCUGCGCCGUGGUUGUGGUAAAUUUAGUAUUUUUCUGCCUUACUCUGAAGCUUUUGCGAGAGCAUCUUUCCUCCCUCAAUGCAGAGCUGUCUACUCUGAGGAACACCAGGUCACUGACUUUUAAAGCCCUGGCUCAUCUCUUAGUCCUGGGCCUCACGUGGGGGCUGGGCACCUUCCAGUUUGGCCCGCUGGCCACGGUGAUGGGGUACCUGUUCACCAUCACCAACAGCAUGCUGGGAACCUUCAUCUUCGUGGUGCACUGCCUGCUGAACAGAAAGGUGAGAGAGGAGUAUUGGAAAUUAUUUACCAGGCUUCGACGGUCAAAGGAAGAACCUUCGUCUUCCAAUAUAACUAUGUCUGCUCUCGCCUCCAGCACAGCCACGGAUCCUCAGCAAAACAGUGUCCCAUCCUACCUGCAGAAGGCGGCGAGGGAUUGA